CAAGGACUCCGGGAAAAAAAAAACACGCUUCACUGUUACUAGUGCUUGUCACUUUCGCGUAAACUAUUUGAAGUUAUUCAGCCUGAAUCGCUUAAACUGUCGCAGGAAAGCAAACGUACAGGUUUUGUGUUUGUUAAGGUCGGUGUUUUGUGAUUUUACUUCGUCAAGGAAAACCAUGUCGGACCCUUUGUGUGACGACGGCAGCGACGCCAACCAAGAUGACAGUCAGGAGGAUGUUAUGACUCCGGCGGAGCUUAUUGCUAAACUGGAAGAGGCCUGGCUGAAUGAGAAGUUCUCCCCGGAGCUGCUGGAGAACAGAUCAGAGGUGGUGGAGUGUGUGAUGGAGCAGCUGACUCACAUGGAAGCCAACUUGCAGCGGGUGAAGAAAGGUGAUGCAAAGGCCAGCAUCCAUCGAAUGGAAAUAGACAGGAUCCGCUUUGUUCUGAGCAGCUACCUGCGCUCUCGUCUGCAGAAGAUCGAAAAGUUUUUCCCACACGUCCUGGAGAGAGAAAAGUCUCGAGGCGAGGGAGAUCCUCCUCUGCUCUCACCUGAGGAGUUUGCCUUUGCCAAAGAGUACUAUGCCAACACAGAAACCUACCUGAAGGCUGUAGCACUGAAACGCAUGCCUCCCAACCUACAGACCGUGGAUAUGCUCAAAGCAGUGCCUGAGCCCUGCCUGGACUCCUUUGUGUUUCUGCGGGUGAAGGAGAGACAGGACAACAUCUUGGUCGAGCCCGAAACAGAUGAUCAGAGAGAGUAUGUGGUGGAUCUUGAAGAGGGCUCUCAGCACCUAAUGCGGUAUCGAACUAUAGCACCACUUGUUUCAAGUGGAGCUGUGCAGUUAAUCUGAAAGUCGAGGUCUGUAUGUUGGUGUGGCUUGCUCAAGGAGAUGAGCGUAGUCUCAUUUUCAUCACAUAGCAGUAAUAAAGAGUGGCCUCUUUAACCUGCAGAGAUCACAUCAGGAAACAUGUCCUUCUCUGUGAUUGUCGUCAGGACCAAGGCCAAAAGCAGUGGAUGCAAACAACAGACAUUUGAGACCUCUGUGAUACUGUGGCUUCAAGAAAAUCAGUGGAAAAUAUUAAUGCCAAAUGUAAGGUCACUACCAGAGGAGAAGGCUGUUCACCGAAUCAGCUUUUGCAGUGCUGUGGUGUUAUUUUUGGACAUUUUUAAUCAUGUCAUAAGUCUGGUUACAUAAUUAUAUGUAUUCUGGUGCGUUGGGGUUCGUGUGACUGUUAUAGACUCUAAACACUCUAUCUAAUCUGCUAAUUCAUCACUCCCUCUGUUACUAUAUCCAGAUGACUUGCGUUACUGGACUUUUUCUCUGCUGCUCACUAACAGGAUGCGUCAAAUGACCCUAAGGUGAAAUUUCAUCAGUUCACUUGGCGUCACAGUACCUAACAUCCCAAAGUGCAGAUGUUAAUUUGUGUGUGUAUUUGAAAGAAGGUUGUUUCUUUUGGUGAUAUUCACACUUAAAUUAAUCUGCAUUACUGUCUGUUAUAAAUGAUAGAAAUCCCGUUAAUGUUCAGAUGUUUUCUGUGCAUCUCUUCACCUUGACUUCCAAAUCCAAUUUUACCUGCUUUUCCACACCUCUUUGCUUCACAAGUUCGAAGUUUCCUUUGAUUGUACUUUUUUUUUUAGUUUCACCCUGAGAGGAUGUGCGGAACAUUGUCUGCUCUGAGAUGUAAUUGUUGUAAUUGCGUUGUUAUGUAAGCGUUUCAGAGGUUGCAAUCAGUGCUUAUUGUUUGACCUCACACAGAUUGCCCCAUAAUUGGAACCAAUAAGGGACUGAGAGGAAGCGGGCUCUGCAAAGCUGAACUACGUGUUAACAGGCGGUCAUCUUCUUGAACUGCACCGCUGAUCUAGCUAAUAUCAAAUCCAAUAACCCUGUGUUGUUAGGACAUCUGGAAUAAGCAUUUAGAGUAUGUGAAUUCUAUUAUUCAAAUUAAUAUGGAGGAAACUGAAAGCAGGGUUCCCUUAGACCAUGAUAAUGUGGAUUUGAAAAAAAUGCAACAAUAAAUAUGUGUAAA